CUCUCUGUGUUUUUGUUCUUUGUCUCUUUUUUUUUCUGUGUUUUGGUUGGUUCAUUAACCUGUUGUUUGGGGGAUAACAAAUAUUCCUUUACUAGAGUUCUCAAAGAAAGCCCACAAGUCUCUCUGUUUUUUUUUUUUUUUCAUGUUCUCCUGAGUUCUUUAUUUUUUUCUUUGAUUUUAUAGGCCAAGCCCGUAGUCUUCUCCAAGAAAUUAGUCCCUUAGCUCUUAGGAUGACGAUCUCGUGGAUGAAGAUGACCGUGGGUCAUGCUUGACCUGUGUUUGGAUGGGAUGAGGACUCCCUUAAUUAGCUCUUAUUCCUGCAAUUAUUGGAUUAUUGGGGCCGAAUUGUCUUCUGGUAAGAGGGGAGUUGGGGGCAUUGAAACAGGUCUCUUUUAGUGUGAAUUUGGUGAGGAAUUAGGGUUUGGCCGAAGCCAUUUUUAUGACAUCUCGAGUGAAUUUCCUUUGCUUUCCUAGAGAAGUGAAUGAAUAGUGGAUCGAACGUCGUUGUUUUAGGCUGAGAUGUCAUUCUUCAAUUCAGCCACUGGAUUUCUGACAUCUUGCAAUCAAGUCUUUAUCUUUGAAAAUUUCUCCCUUUUUUUUUUUAAUUUCACCCUUGGAUCAAAUACCAUAGAACCCCUGGAUUUUUGUGUAAUUUACAAAAUAGUUCUUGGUUUUAGUUUUAAUCAAUUCAGUCCUUAAUUGACUCCUCAACUUUUGAUUAACCCCCUAUAGUAUCGCAGUAUAUUCACUUUGAUCCUUGGACUUUAAUUUCUUGUAAUUUUAACCUAAAUUGACCAUGACUUUUGAUAUUUCUUCAAUUAAGCCUCUGAUUUCAUUAAUUAAACUAACUUAAAGUUUUAUUAAGUCUAUAAACUUAUCAAUUCUCUUAAUUUUUGGUUAAAUUAACUUCCAACUUUAUAAUUUUCUUCUUAUUAAUUAUUCCCUAAACCUUUAAUUUAUGUUGUCUAUUAUUUUUGAAAACUCAAAAUUAUAUUAUAACAAUUAUCUUCUCUUUAAACUCAAGCUUUUGACCCAAUUUUCUAUUUAUAAAUACUGCAUGAUUUAUAUCGUGUUUCUCAUACCAAGUCGUUUCUCCAAUUUUCUUGAUCUCGAGAUCAUAUCGGCUUCUCCAAUGGAAUUUUCAGUGUUUGCCCUUUCUCCCUCGAGUCUAGUACUCCCCUCACAUUUUCCUAAAACGACCAUACUUUCACGGAGCCAUAUUUCAGCGAGAAACAAGCUAUUCCAAUCAUCAAGACUACCCUCUCUCAAGAAUGCUUCCAUAUUUAAGAUAUUGAGCAUGAGUGAUGAGGAACGAAGAUCAGCUAAUUAUCAUCCUAGCGUCUGGGAACUCCAACUCAUUGAGUCCUUAAGCACUCCCUAUUCAUAUGAGCUUCACGCCAAUCGAUUGGAGGAGCUGAAGCAAGAAGCUAAAAGAGCACUCGUGUCCACCAAUGAGCCUCGUGCCAAAUUAAAGCUGAUUGAUUCAAUUCAACGGCUGGGAGUUGCUUAUCAUUUCGAAAGAGAGAUUGAAGAAGCUAUAAAGCUUACUGAACUAGACGUUAAUGGGGAUCUUCAUACAACUUCAUUGCACUUUCGGCUUCUAAGGCAGCAUGCCUUUUCAGUAAGCACAGAUGUGCUUGGAAAAUUCAGAAGUAAUAGAGAUGGGAAAUUCAAGGACAGCAUAAGGACGGACGUUGCAGGACUUUUGAGUUUGUAUGAAGCUUCAUACCUUGGAGUGCCUGGAGAAGAUCAUGUUUUAGAAGAAGCCAAAAAUUUCAGUAGUAAACAUCUCAAGUCAUUGUUAGAGACAAUAAAGGAUGAAUUUCUAGCUAAGCAAGUGAAACAAUCAUUAGAAGUUCCUCGGCAUUGGAAGAUGCCAAGGAUUGAGGCUCGGGAUUUCAUUGAUAUUUAUUCAAGUGAUAAUACGAGGAACUUAGAUUUGCUUGAGCUAGCUAAGUUGGACUAUAACCUUGUGCAAUCACAACACCAAAGGGAGCUCAAAGAACUGGCAAGGUGGUGGGGUGCCCUAGGCUUCAAGGAGAAGCUGAGUUUUUCGCGAGAUCGAUUGAUGGAAAAUUAUUUAUGGGCAAUGGGAAUGGUGUUUGAACCUCAAUUCUCGAAAUGCAGGAUAGGCCUCACCAAAUUUGUAUGCAUUUUAACAACAAUUGAUGACAUAUACGAUGUAUAUGGAUUACCGGAGGAGCUUGAGCUCUUUACCAAACUAGUAAAUCGAUGGGAUUCCAUGGCCAUUGACGACCUUCCUGAUUACAUGAAGAUAUGCUAUUUGGCCUUGUUUAACUUUGUUAAUGAAAUGGCAUACGAUGUAAUGAGAGAUCAUGGCUUGUUUGUUUUACCCUACCUUGUGGAAGAGUGGGCAAAUCUCUGCGGAUCAUAUUUGGUCGAAGCUCGGUGGUUUAGCAACAAGUAUUCACCAACUUUGAGUGAGUACUUGGAAAAUGCAAGGACAUCGAUUGGCAGUCCUGCAGCCCUUGCCCACGCUUGUAUGUUGCUGGGGAGCCCCGUAGCACAAAGUUCACUGAUGGAUUGCUUCAAGCAUGGCAAUGAUCAAUUAAUCUAUUGGUCAUCCUUGAUUACUCGACUUAGUGAUGAUUUGGGCACAUAUACGGCAGAGAGUGAGAGAGGUGAUGUGACAAAAUCAAUUCAGUGCUACAUGAUUGAAAAGGGUGCAUCUGAAAAAGAAUCAAAAGAGCACAUUAAAGGCUUGAUUAACCAAGCAUGGAAGGAACUAAACAAGGAGAAUUCCAAAUGUUCUCUUCCUAAACCUCUUGUAAACAUGUCCUUGAACAUGGCUCGAACUGCUCAAUGCAUCUUCCAAUUUGGAGAUGGCAUUGGUACUUCUACUGGGGUCACUAGAGAUCGUUUAACGUCAUUGAUUGUCGAACCUAUCCCGGUCAAAGAACCUUAGUUACAAUCUAUGGCAUCGUCUUUGUUGAUGACCACCUUUUUUUAAUGUAUGAUCUUGGAAGAACAAUAAAUUUUUAAGAAUAAAUUGAGCUCUCUCCAUAUUUUAAUGAUAAAAAAUCGUAUGUUAAGAUGCCGGAUUAUCACAAAAUGUUCUUUCGGAUCAAAGAUGUGAAAAGUGUGGAGCUGAGGUAGAAUUGGCGUUUCAAGAUUCAAGGGAUUGAGGGAUUGCUAGGGAGGUAUGGAAAGGGGCUGGAAUGGAGAAGUUCCUUGCGAAAGAUUCUGUCCAUGAUAUCAAAGAUUGGCUCUGGUGUUCCAUUUUGCAUCAUGAAGAUAGUAGGGUUGAGUCGACGGCGCCUAUGAAUGCUUGGUCCCUGUGGUAUGCCCGCCAUGCCCUUCACUUCCAGCAGAUAUGUAUUGAUAGUGUAGGGAUAGUUCAGAUUGCUCAUACAACCUUACAAAGGUAUCGAGAAGCUAAUGCUAGUUCUGUGUCUUCA